GGUGAAAUGUCGUUCGGUUCUGAAAAGAUCUCUCGCGAGAUUUUCCCUAGUGCGGCCCUGUACUGAUAGAUGCUGUAGAAGAAAGCCAAGUAUUUUUCAGACUAUUCAUUAUGAGUUAUGCUGAAAAGCCGGAGGACAUCACGAAAGAUGAGUGGAUGGACAAGCUCAAUAAUGUGCACAUACAGAGAGCUGACAUGAACCGACUCAUCAUGAAUUAUCUGGUGACAGAAGGUUUUAAAGAAGCUGCAGAAAAAUUCAGAAUGGAAUCGGGAAUUGAGCCCAGUGUGGACCUUGACUCGCUGGACGAGAGAAUAAAGAUCCGGGAGAUGAUUCUUAAAGGGCAGAUUCAGGAGGCUAUUGCCCUAAUCAACAGCCUUCACCCAGAACUGCUGGAUACAAAUCGCUAUCUUUACUUCCAUCUGCAGCAGCAGCACCUAAUCGAGCUGAUCCGACUGCGGGAGACGGAAGCGGCUCUAGAGUUUGCACAGACACAGCUGGCUGAGCAGGGGGAGGAAAGCCGAGAAUGCCUGACCGAGAUGGAGCGCACGCUGGCACUGCUGGCCUUCGACAACCCUGAAGAAUCGCCCUUCGGAGACCUGCUCAACAUGAUGCAGAGACAGAAGGUGUGGAGUGAGGUGAACCAGGCUGUGCUAGAUUAUGAAAACCGAGAGUCUACACCGAAACUUGCAAAACUGCUUAAACUAUUACUGUGGGCUCAAAAUGAACUUGACCAGAAGAAAGUCAAGUACCCCAAAAUGACUGACCUCAGCAAGGGAACAAUUGAGGAUCCAAAAUGAACUGAAGACUGGUACAAGUGCGCUGUGGGGACAACCAUAAGGACACAUUACUUCCUAUUUAUAAUCAGUCAGGGACUGAACCAUAUAUAUAUACAGUACAUAUGUUUUGUUGCUUAAGAGAGAUUUUAAUUCCUUUGUUGUGUAAAAUUGUAGGCAUAUGGUUGCAUUUUAAGUGAAGACAUGUAGAUGUUCCAAAAUGUAAACCUUGAUAUGGAAUAUGAUAUUUCAGAUAUGUAUGUUUUACUACUAAGCAACUGUUUAUUAUAUUUAUAGAUCAAUUAAUAGUAACUUCACUUUUUGUAUUAUAAUUGUUUUGCAGUGUAAUUUAGCCACCAAAUUCAUGUCAGCUGGAAUUGGAUAAGGAUGAAGAUAUGCAAAAACACUAAAUUAUACCCUGUGGUAAGGGAUACUACA